AUGGAUGAGAAGCAGUUAAAAGCAAGCUUAAUGAAGUAUUUCGGAGAGACAGCAGCAAAAAUAACCAAAGAAACAACCGAAGAUGAGAUCAAACACAUUUAUGCUGCACGGUCAGCAACAUAUGACGAGGUACUCUAAAAUAGUAAAAUAAUAAUAAUAAUGGUCUGGGGGACCAUGUGGCACAUCGCCGUUGACCCACCGGACACCUGAUCCAUUAUUCAGGGCUGCGUUUCUCGAAUGUUCCAGUACUACUGGAACAUUCGGGUCCCGCUGCAACAUUCCUAGAUCCCAAUUGAGGGAAUAAUAGUGCAGUCUUAGUAUAGGUAAUCAUAUGAUUUCGAGUACAAUUUGGAAUAAAUGAGCAUCAGUUAAUUUUUCAAAGACUAACCGUAAAGCUACCGGAGCUCUCGAGGAAAAGGUGCCCAAGGCGACACUAGACUACUGUUGCAGUUAUCGAACAACCAAUCUUAAUAACCAGCUUGAACUUUCUCAUCAUAUAGGAACAUUCAGCGGCGCACACUUCAUAUUUCAAGCCACUAGCCGAAUCUUUGCAUAACGCCCUUAAAGAAGUUAAACAGGACAAACCAAAGGAUCAGAUCAAAAUCAUUGACGUUGGAGCUGGGACAGGGCUUAUAGGAGUUGAGCUCAAGAAACUCGGAUACACCAAUCUAUGUGCUUUGGACAUCUCAGCUGAGAUGUUAAAGGAAGCAAAGAAAAAAGGGGUCUAUACUGAGUUCAUCUGUACGUCUUUGAACGGGCAGCCGAUACCUCAGAUUGAAUCUGGGCAAUUCGAUGCUUUGAUUUGUGGUGGGGCGCUCAUUGCAGGGCUUAUCGACUCCUCUGCUUUCGUGGAGAUGAUAAGAAUGGUUCAAACUGGUGGGUCUUUCGUAGGAGUUUACCGAGGCACAAGCAAGGAUGUCUUCGGGGAGUCUGUUCUGUGGCUAAUUGUUGGACUAAAGAAUCAUUUAGUCGCGGUUUCAAAGCAAUCUCUUUUUGAAUCUUUCAAACACUGUAAAAAAAGAAACAAUUACAACAAAAACGGACACUAGCCUUUAGACAUUAUACUUUGAUAAACCUUUGAGGGAAUAAUAAUGUUUUUAAGCAAAAAUGAAAAAAAAAAAGGAUCAUUUUAGAUUGAAGACAUAUCAGGAUUUUAAAAAAGGAAAAAACGUUUAAAAUCCUAUCAAAAGUUUUUUGUUUGGUUGUUUUUGUUUUUUGAAAACUCAAACUGUGAGAUGAAUCAGGUAGUGAAGACUCACCUAACACCCUUCAAGAUAAAUUCCCUUAACAUCUGGCAUCUGACCCGUAAAUCUUCUUCUAGGGUCAAAUGUUCUCUAUGCAAAUUCGUUUAAAGAACAUCUUGAUAUAUCAAGAUCACGCGCUCAAGCUGGUCUCUUCAACUUCUCUUUGGAUGAUAUUACAGUUUAUAGGCUAACCCUUUAACUCCCAUGGGUGACCGAGACAGACUUUCUCCUUACAGUAUCAAUAUGAUAUCAAGCAGACAAGUAAUUGGAAAACAAAAGAAGAUGUAAAUGAGGGUAUUAUUGGUUAGUCCUACACCAAAUUCUCCUAACUAACAUCAUAGGAAUUAUAUGACAGACAUUAAAGAGAAUUACUAAAGAGAUCUUAGGAGUGAAAGGAUUAACGAACUCUGAGAGUUAAAUCUAAUAAAUACAUGGACAAAUAGGAAAAAGGAUGGAAAUUUCCCAUGAUAAGAUCUUACAAGAAACACACUAAAUUCCUAUGUGAACUUCUUUGCAGAUGGCGUCCUCUGUUUCAAUAUAAGGAAAGAGGAAUUAGAACACUAUCAAGAAAUGAUGACAGAGCUGGAGAAAGACGGCGAUUGGAUAUGCAUGUCCAAAGAGUCUUCACCUUUCUAUGCAGCCGAGGACAUGCCCAGCGAUUGCUAG